AUGGCCGCCGUAGCGAGGGGGGGACUUCUAGACAACUACAUCAGUCCACUAGCGGUGGUGGAGGGGCCUCACCCUGUACAUUUCUCUAUCGGAUGUGUUGUGCACCCAUUUGCGGUGAUCAUUGCUCAACGUGGACCGAUCCACUUUGGUGUCUACUGUAUUGUAGAGGAGCACGCCUGCAUCAUUAAUGGUGAGCGGAGCGGGAAGGACGUGGCCACCGUGGCCACAGCUGCAUCUUCUGCUUUGCCCAUGUCCAUUGGCCCAUACAACCACUUCAAAUCCUUUUCGCGUAUUACAAACGUGCAGCGCAUUGGUCACGGAAAUAGGUUUGAAUCGCACUGCCAAGUGGGAGGCCCAAGCGAGUUGCCGGAACUAAUCUCCGUUGAGGAUUAUUCGGUUGUUGGGCCGUUUGUUCGCCUGUGCGAUCUGCGGCGCGAUGGUGGCACGAAUUCCGCCUUGGCGGUGAAGAUUCCCUCCCGCCAGGUGUAUUUGUGCCCCACGGACACGAAGGUGGGAAAAACGUGUAGCUGCUCUGCUUUGGCGCUUCUCUCGCCCGCUGCAACCCGUUCUUGCUGCUGUUGCUUAGGUUGUUGGGUGCUGCCGCGCGGGGAACCGUUCGACGAGGAGGAGGCGGAGGACACGAUGCGCCAAAGGUCUUCUCGUCUUUGUGCGUCUAGGGCGCAAUGA